UAAUAAACCGACGGGAGGGAGUGGGCGGAGCGGGCGCCGGAUGUGACGUUUCCGGAAGCUCCGAGUGUCAUCUGCGGGGAAAGAUGCUGCAUCCCGCUUUUGGAAUUGCUCAACCCGUUGGUACCCGGCGCCGCUUCCUGGCCUCGGGAGGUGGUUCCUUUCUUAACCCACAAGAACCUCUCCCAAGAGAACUUAGUCCUGAUGUCUGACCAUGGAGAUGUGAGCCUCCCGCCCGAAGACCGGGUGAGGGCUCUCUCCCAGCUGGGUAGUGCGGUAGAGGUGAAUGAAGAUAUUCCACCCCGUCGGUACUUCCGCUCUGGAGUUGAGAUUAUCCGAAUGGCAUCCAUUUACUCUGAGGAAGGCAACAUUGAACAUGCCUUCAUCCUCUAUAACAAGUAUAUCACGGACAAGGAAGGAUCUGGAGAACAUCAUUCUCAGCAAACUGACACAAGAACAGAAAAUGAAAUACCGCAUGUUCUCACUCACAGGCUCUUUAUUGAGAAACUACCAAAGCAUCGAGAAUACAAAUCGGCUGUCAUUCCUGAAAAGAAAGACACAGUAAAGAAAUUAAAGGAGAUUGCAUUUCCCAAAGCAGAAGAGCUGAAGGCAGAGCUGUUAAAACGAUAUACCAAAGAAUAUACAGAAUAUAAUGAAGAAAAGAAGAAGGAAGCAGAGAAAUUGGCCCGGAACAUGGCCAUCCAGCAAGAGCUGGAAAAGGAAAAGCAGAGGGUAGCACAACAGAAGCAGCAGCAAUUGGAACAGGAACAGUUCCAUGCCUUCGAGGAGAUGAUCCGGAACCAGGAGCUAGAAAAAGAGCGACUGAAAAUUGUACAGGAGUUUGGGAAGGUGGACCCUGGCCUAGGUGGCCCACUAGUGCCUGGCUUGGAGAAGCCCUCCUUAGAUGUGUUCCCCACCUCACCUGUCUCAUCCACACAGCCUUCAGACUGUCACACAACUGUAAGGCCAGCUAAGCCACCUGUGGUGGACAGGUCCUUGAAACCUGGAGCACUGAGCAACUCAGAAAGUAUUCCUACAAUCAAUGGAUUGCGCCACGUGGUGGUGCCCGGGCGGCUGUGCCCCCAGUUUCUACAAUUAGCCAGUGCCAACACUGCCCGGGGAGUGGAGACAUGUGGAAUUCUCUGUGGAAAACUGAUGAGGAAUGAAUUUACCAUUACCCAUGUUCUCAUUCCCAAGCAAAGUGCUGGGUCUGAUUACUGCAACACAGAGAAUGAAGAAGAACUUUUCCUCAUACAGGAUCAGCAGGGCCUUAUCACACUGGGCUGGAUUCAUACUCACCCCACACAGACUGCGUUUCUCUCCAGUGUCGACCUACACACUCACUGCUCUUACCAGAUGAUGUUGCCAGAGUCGAUAGCCAUUGUUUGCUCCCCCAAGUUCCAGGAAACUGGAUUCUUUAAACUAACUGACCAUGGACUAGAGGAGAUUUCUUCCUGCCGCCAGAAAGGAUUUCAUCCACACAGCAAGGAUCCACCUCUGUUUUGUUUUCUAAGGCUGUACUUCAAUCAGAGAUUUGAAUGUAAGGAAGAGAAGCCACUUAAGAUAGAGCUGCAGCCAUGUGACUGUUGUGGACAGAGCAGUGACCAUCACAGAUCUUCGAUGAGCAUUUGAGUCCAACACUUUCUAAGAAUGACAAAACCGUAUCAAUGUACUGUGGCCCCUUAAUUUAAGCUUUCUAGAAAGCUUUGGAAGUUUCUGUAGACAGAAUAGAAAGGGACCAUCACCUGAGAAAGAGUUGAUUUUGCAUUUCAGGUUUGAAAAGAAAUAACUGAACAUAUUUUUUUAGGCAAGUCAGAAAGAGAGCAUGACCACCCGAAAGCAACUGUAACUCAGAAAUUAACUGUAAAGAAUUGUAUAAUGAACCCCCAUAUACCCUUCCUUCUAGAUUCACCAAUUGUUAACAUUUUUUUCCUUUCAGAUACCAUCUAAUUUCUCUGCCAAUUUGUUUUUAUUUACCUCUAGGCUCAAUAAGGGCAUCUAUGCAGAACUUUGGAAGCCAUUUAGAAAAUCUUUUGGAUUUUCCUGUGGUUUAUGGCAAUAUUAAUGGAGCUUAUUACCGUGGUGAGGGAUAGUUCACUCCAUCUGACCAGAUGGUGAGGCUAACACAUCCCGAAGAGUGAUUUUGUCAGGAAUUACUGUUAUUUAACAAACAUUUCAGGAUAUUUUUCCUCUAUAAUAAAAUAACAAUUAACUUA